UACACACAGCGCGGCAGCUUGGCGUCGCGUCCCGCGCUAAGGAAAGCCAAAUCUAAACAAAAGGCAUUGCGAGGCAACCACUGACGGUACAAGUCGUCAACGAAAAUGUCUUCAUCAAAACGGCAUCGUGGAAACGAAGUGACAAUCAACUCUGUUGAUAUUUUACCUGACAAGAACCAAGAGGAUCAUCACACAGAUGACUACGAAUGCUCCCUAUUUCAUGUGUUCAGGAGAGCGGCUCCCGUUAUAAUUGAGGUGAGUUUUUCAAGGCCACUAUCUGGGGACAGAGUGAGUUUGGAUCUGCACAGAGGGUAUCGCACCAGCUACCGACGAGGCACCCGUUUCAUAGCUACACUUGGCCUGUCUCCAAAUCAACCUCAUCAACUUGAAUUACAGGAGCUAAAGUCUGAGGGAUCUACAGUGACCCUCUCCCUAGUGUUGCCUGCUGAUUUCCCAGUUGGAAAGUAUCAGGUUGCCGCAGAGGUGGUCCCGCAAGGUAGCAGGCAGGGAGUAAAGAGAGACUGCAACAAAGACAUUGUGGUGCUCUUCAACCCUUGGGCACAGGAGGACGCGGUAAUGUUGGCAUCAGAAGCAGAGAGGGAAGAGUACGUUCUGAAUGAGUCUGGCAUCAUUUGGGCAGGAGCUCACAAUGACAUGUUUACCUGGCCGUGGAACUUUGCGCAGUUCGAGGAGGUGAGUGUGCAAGUGGCACUAUAUCUACUGGACAUGCAUCGGUCUAUGGACUCCGAUGCCAGGAAAGAUCCAGUUAGGGUCAGCAGGGCCAUCACUGAAAUGGUGAAUGUGGAGGAUGAUGACGGGGGCAUCCUCUUUGGUCUGUGGUCCCCCAAUGAAGGGGACUAUGCCGACGGAACUGACCCCACUGCCUGGAGUGGGAGUGCAGCCAUCCUACAGGAGUUCUGGGAGACUAAGAAGGCUGUCAGAUAUGGCCAGUGCUGGGUUUUUGGAGGUCUCCUCACAACUGUUCUCCGUUGUCUUGGGAUCCCGGCAAGACCAGUGACCAACUUUGAGUCAGCUCACGACGGAGACGGGAACAGGGCUCUGGACAGAUACUGGGACCUCCAGGAUGAGAUGGUGGAGGAGAAGAGCCACGAUUCCAUCUGGAAUUACCACGUGUGGGUGGAAGCCUGGAUGGCAAGACCUGACCUGGGGCUGCAGUACAGUGGCUGGCAGGCCAUCGACGCUACACCUCAGGAGAUAAGUCCUCACUCCAAGUCCUAUGUGGUUGGACCAGCGUCCCUGUCGGCAGUAAAGACUGGGCAGAGUAUGGACUAUGACACCGACUUUGUCGUAGCAGAGGUGAACGCUGACAUCAGAGACUACUGCGAGGUGGAGAAAGACAAGUUUGUUCUGGCCGUGACAGACACCAAACGGGUUGGUAAGACCGUAAGCACCAAGACAGUGGGCAGCAACAAACGAUGCGACGUAACUGACAGCUACAAGUUUAAAGAAGGCAGUGAGCUAGAGAGGGCAGCUCUGGGGCUGGAUGAGCCUGAUGGUGCCUCUGAUGUACAGCUAGAUGUGUCUUUCAGCAAGCAACCGGCAAUCGGGGACAACUUCGACGUGAUAGUAACAGCAAAGUGUUCAGUGAAAGAGGUUCGGACUGUGAGGGUGAGUGUGGCUGUCAGUUCAGUCUCAUACACUGGAGGCAGUGGAACCAGUGUCAAGAAAGAACAAGGGAAAAUAUCCCUCACCAGAGCUGGUGGCAGUGGAUCAUACACAGUGGCAGUGAGAUCCUCGGACUACCUGUGCUGCCUGCGGGACCAGGCCCUGCUGAGUGUGACGGUGCUGGCUGUGGUGAGUGAGACUGGCAAGGGCUGGGUCAGCAAGGUCCCUUGUCGUCUCCACAGACCUGAUCUCACCCUACUCGUGGACGGCAAACAAGUGGAAGAUGAUGAGUGGGUGGAGUUGUCAGCUGGGAAGAGUUACCCCGUGAAGGCCUACUUCACAAACCCUCUCCAGAAACCUCUGACCAACGUGGUGUUCCUCAUUGAGGGAGCUAGACUCACAAAACCACUCAAGAUCCCUGGAAAAAACACUGGAAAAGGUAAAGUGGCAGAGGUGUCCUUUGCCAUAUCUCCAAGAAGUGCCCCCAGGAAACGGCAGUCUCAGAGCUCCAAGCUGAUAGUCACAUGUCAAUCCAAGGAGCUAAAGGGUGUCAUGGGCACCGCAUGUGUAACCAUCACCAAAUGAACCGUACAAUCAUAAUUACAUACAUUAGGGUACCACUAUUUAAUUCUGUCAUUAGGUAAUCUAACCGUCAACAAACGAACCACACAGACAUUAGAAACGCACACGAAAAGUUAAUAUUGUUGUGCCAUCACCAAUUAAUGAAUGAAAUACAG